UAUGACCGUGUCUAGGUCUAGCUCACCUCAAGCCUUCCACAUCUAUUUUAUAUAUUGUAUUCCAUUCUAUUUUAUUAUGUUUUCCGAGGAUUCAAGAUCGAUCAAUUCAUUUAUUAACACAAUCAAAGCUAGGAAGAAACCGACCAACGUCUUACACAGUUCGAUGUGAAAUGAUCACGAAAGCACUUUGGAACAUACCAUCCCGCUCGAGCUGCAAUGAGCUUCUAAAACGGUAUCACGAUAUAGUUGAAUUUUUAGUCAUGCCAGAGUUCAUGAUCCAAUAUUUAAUUUCAAGCUUGUUCGACACAUUUGGCUCUAGUCUAGCUGAACCCCGGAGCAAAGAGAAAUUUAUCCCAUUCGUCGAAACAUUACUGAAGAAUGAGGAAACCCCAUUACCUCCAUCUCCAGAUGAUGGUAUUGCUUGGCUCAACACGUUUAGUGGGCCUAAUAUUCGGUUGGAAGUCAUGGGACUUUUAUUUUGUUUUAUAGGAAGAUCUUAUCAGAGUUUGGCGGAUGAAGAUCCAUUGUUUCAAAAAGAGGAGAAUCAUGGGAGGAAUAGAAGACAGACUAGUUGGAGAAUGAACGAGUGUGCGGAUGUGAUGGGGAAAAUGUGUGAUUGUACGGACGCAGUCAAUGAGAUUGUGGUUGCAUUUCGGGUGGCUAUUUUUGUUUUAGAGAGUGCUGUUGUUGGGGAUGAAAGUAUGUUGUCCUUUAUGUCCAGUUGAUUUUUGUGACACCGUCAGUCACUUAUGUGGGAGAGAUGCUAACACAGAGUUUCAAUACAAAGGUUACGGAAAUCUCAACCGUCAUGAAAACAUAGUAACAUCAGCCUACGCAUUCGGGCUUCACCGGCUCCCACAUCUUCCCCCGCACCUCCUAACAACUGCAGCCGAAUAUAAACGACGAGUCAUCGCUUCCGUUUACCAGAUGGACAAAUGUUGCUCAGCUCUCAAUGGCACUCCACCUGGUAUACCUCGUCUUUACUGUCGCCUUCAUACACUAUCCGAUCUCUCAGAAACAGAGCUUUUUCUUCCCCGCGCACAAAUGCAACAAGCAAUCGCCGAAUGUGACGAACAGGGAUGGAACCGAAAAGGCGAAAUGUACUGUGGAACUUGGAAUAGGAGUAUGAUGCCAAUCUACAUGGUCAAAGAAGAGAUAUUAGAAAGAGCUCUAGCAGUCGAUGUGCAGGUCAGUAGAGAGCGCAUCGAUUCGCUUCUUGCUCGAACUGCCUCACUUUCGCAAAAUCGACCACAGCAAUUUUCAUUCAAUCCAACAUCGACAGGUGUCGUGCUUUUCGUACAAUUAAUUGUUUCGUUGGAAACACUACAAAAUAAAUUUCUACUACAUCGUCUAGCAUUAGCAAAUCACCUAGAAGGAAAUUAUAAUCAAGGGUUAUUGGAUACAGCAAUGGAGAUGCUUGAAAAGGUUAUUAUGAUGUGGGAGAAAAGAGAUAAGUUAGUGGGGCUUGAAUUUUCUUUUGAUUGGGUUGUUACUAGUUUUGGCGUUCCAGCUGCGGGUGUAGUUUGUGUUGAGUUGCUUAAACUUAUGAGUGAUUGGAAUGGAUCUCGGAAGAGGAGCAAGAAAGAGAAGACGGGAACGGAGGGAGAUGAAAGGAGGGCAAAGGAGAAGGAGAAGACCAGAUUUUCAAGAAGUAUGGCGGUCCAAAAAUUAACGCUAUUUGCGGCGUUUUUAGAUUGGGUAAGGGAUACAGAUGGGAAUUAUGCAUUGUUGAAGAGGGUGAGAGGUGUGGUAGGACGGGUGCUGAAAUGGGUCCUUGAUGGUGGGGAGAUGAGUAGAGAAGUUGAUAAGGAAAAGGGGAAAGAUAUACCCAGACAGGAAGAUAAUUCCAGGGUGGUCAACAGCCAGGGCACAAUUAAUCCAGCGCGAGUGCAGAUGGAAGAACGUACGACUAGAGGCGCAACCGAAAAUUCGGGAUUAACCGAUCAAGGCACUCGGGAUUGGAACAUGGAAGCAGCAAACUUCACACCACAACUUAUGCAGCCAUCAACAACGAUAAACGGAGAUUUCACAUCAAACGUUCAAGGUGGAUUAGAUUUUAACAUGAAUACGGUAGGGUUGGAUCUAAACUUCGAUCUUGAAGGGAUUGGGAUGGAAGAGAUGUGGGGACAAGUUGACUGGUUAAAUGCGGGGGAUUGGAUGGGUGGAAGUGGCGGAGUAGGGGUGGGGGCGUAGGUGGUGCUGGGAAUGGGGGUGCGGGGUUUGGAUUCGGGUUUUAGCGGAGGGGGUGAGUGAGGGGUGGUUGAUUGA